AUGGAGAAAGCAAGCCCAAAACAGCCAGAGUGGAACAAACGUUGUUUCUCUGUAGAACAAUGUAUCGAUUUGCAGAACAGAGAUGGAGACAAACAAAAUAGAUGCGAAACUAAGAGCUCCGUACAUGAGCAAUUGGGAGUAUCCACUUCUUGUGACCUGAGUGAGAAAAACAUGAACCGCAAAUGGAACGAUCAAGGCCAAGGAAAAUGGCCAGCCCAAAAGACCUCCCACGGUGGUUGCCAACACUGCCAAGGUAAAGUGUCUUUUUUUCGUAAUCAUCGACUCGGUGUACAUGUGGUUGAGAAGCUUAAGACUCUCAUCUUGACAAUUGCGGCCGUUGCCACGAGGGUGAGAAUCAUGCUGAACGAGCUUGGCAGCAAGCUUAUCGACGCAUGGGACAUUCCCGGGUUGACUGCCUGGAAAAUGAGGAACCAGUUUGAUAGGUCCUUGGAGAUGUAUUUCAAGGUGUUAGCCAGAUGGAUUUCUGCAGCUGCUGUUGACAGAGCAAUUGUGAGUCUCACAAGGUAA